UCAACUUAUCACCUCCUUGGCCCUCCAUUCCCCCACCUCUUCUCUGCUCAAGAACUAGCUGCGACCAUUGGCCUCUCCAACUUUCCUGUCGGGGUGCCUUGGAGAGAUCGGAGAGAUCAUGGUGGUGACAGCGAUGCGGAGAUCAAUAGCGACCUUGACCCGAAGCGCCCUUCCGCCAAACUCGAUUCCGGGCCGCCGCGCUCUGUGCUCCGGCGCGCCGCGGGACGGCGAGCUGGAGGAGGCGGUGCGUGACGUGAUCUUGUGCUCCGGGGCCGGGAGCCUUGACGAGGUUGGGAGCAGGCUGGACCGGCUGGGUGCGGCCGUCUCGCCGGCUCUGGUUGAGCGCGUGAUCGACUCGUGCGGCGAGAGGGGCGGCGGCUCGGGCAGGAGGUUGCUGCGUUUCUUGGCGUGGUGCCGGUCCAAGGACCCCGGGGCGUUGGGGGACGAGGCGCUCGAUAGGGCGAUUGGGGUGCUUGCACGGGUGGGGGACCUUACCGCGAUGAGAAUUGCCGUCAGUGAUGCCGAGAAGGACGGACGGAGGAUGGCUCUGGAGACUUUUACCGCCGUGGUUGAAGCCCUUGUCAAGGUGGGGAAAGAGGAUGAGGCGGUCAGGCUGUUCAGAGGCUUGGAGAGGCAAAGAUUGCUGCCUCAGCGUGGUGUGGGCGUCGGAGGGGAAGGCAUAUGGUCGAGCAGCCUUGCCAUGGUGCAGGCAUUGUGUAUGAGGGGAUAUGCUCGGGAGGCCCAGGGUGUUGUGUGGCAUCACAGGAGUGAGCUCUUGGCAGAGCCCAUGGUUAGCAUCGUUCAACGUAGCCUCCUCCACGGGUGGUGCGUUCAUGGGAACGCUAAGGAAGCUUGGAGAGUCCUUGAUGAAAUGAAGUCUUCAGAGGCUAUGAAUGUAUUUACAGAGAUGAGGUCCUAUCGUGCCACUCCAGCUGCUUCUAGCUUCAACAUAUUACUUUCAUGUUUAGGCUGAGCAAGAAGAGUGAAAGAUGCUUAUAGAAUCCUGUACUUGAUGAGAGAAGGAAAGGCAGGGUGCUCCCCUGACUGGGUUAGCUACUAUCUUGUGGUUAGGGUUCUCUAUUUAACAGGGAGAAUCAUUAGAGGGAAAAGGCUUGUUGAUGGUAUGCUUGAAAGUGGGGUGCUCCCAACUGCAAAGUUUUGCAUGGUCUCAUAGGCAUUCUUUGUGGAACUGAGAAAGCUGACGAUGCUCUUGAUAUGUUCAAAUUUAUGAAGAGGUGUGAGUUAGUGGACACUCGUAUAUAUGACCUUCUAAUAGAAAAG